CCAGACAUGAAUAAGUAAAUCACUUGAUUUGCACACCCAAACACACACGAGUCGCGAUUCAGAGAAGUGAUGUAACGGGUUCAAGUCCUGAAAACAGACGACGGUUUUUCCCGAAUGUGUAAACAUAAAACAACCGAAGAGACUCGUCAGGAUGUGAAUGGACUGCAAUGGCUUUAGCUUUAGCCCGUUAGCAUGUGUGUAACUACGUUAUGUGUGUGUGUUUAUAUAAACAACACAAGAGCAACAUUGUGUUUUCAUCUCGAUUCUGACGAAUAAGACGUUUGUGAUGAUUCUCGACGACUGAUGCUGAUGAAAAAACUGAAGAUGUGAAGUGUUGACUGGAUCUUCAGUGUUUGUUUAGAGCGUUGGAGAGAACAUCAUCCAGAGCUGCUUGACUUCAGAUGUCCAUGAUGGAGAAGAACGAGACGAGGCCUGGAUACUUCGCCAGACUGAAGAAGAGACGGCAGAUGAAACAGAGCCAGUCAGAGAAAGCGGCGGCUGAGCAGAUCCAAUCAGAUCCAGAGACAAAGACGCCAGUCAUCCGUGAACGUGCUUCUAUUGGACAAUCUCAGGGGGAGAAUCCAGAAACCAAGAGGGGCCAAAGUGAAGAUGACAACAGUAAAUCAUACAGUCAGAGCAAGAAAGAGAAGAGUAAACCUGCAGGAACCGUGGAGUAUAUGGUAUUUUACUGUACCGUAAAUGUUGCCGGAAUGCAUUUAAAGCUGCUUUGCAACAAUGCAAAAUGGUUCAAAGUCUUUUUAAGGAAAGUUGAAAUUAAAUAUGAAUUUGUGAACAGCGGUCAAACGGAGUGUUUGUUUUGUUUUGACUGGCAGGUUGGAGCAAAGGACACGCUGAACAGCAUUGCUCUGAAAUUCAACAACACUCCAAAUCAACUGGUGCAGUUAAACCGUCUGUAUUCACACAGUGUCGUACCUGGACAGAAAUUGUUUGUUCCUGAUGUGAACCAAUCAGAGCGCGGCUCUCAGACGGACGAACCGAUCAACACAGACUCAUCCGAGAGGAAGCUGAAGCGGGACGGCGAGUCGAGCUCUCGACCCGUGCGGAGAGAGACGUCACCGCCGUCUGAAGACGAGAGUCUCGCCACCGUCAAAUUCAUCAAGAUGAGCUGCAAAUACGUCACGGAUGGGAUGGGCGUCGUUGGGGGUGUGAUGAUUAUAACGCCCAACAACAUCAUGUUUGACCCGCACAAGUCCGACCCCGUGGUGAUCGAGAACGGCUGUGAGGAGUACGGUCUCAUCUGUCCCAUGGAGGAGGUUCUGUCUGUGGCGCUGUAUGAUGACAUCUCGCGAAUGAAACUGAAGGACGCGCUGCCGUCUGAUGAACCCCAGGAUCUCUGUCCGUUAUACAGGCCGGGAGAGUGGGAGGAGCUUCCCUCCGAGCAGGACCUCAACCCUUUCAGUCGCUACGAGGCGCUCGGACCGCCCAGCCGUCCCAUCGUAUUGGAUGAUAUGGAAACGGCGGUGUCUGACAUCUCAGCGUGUCAAAUGGCAGAUAAAUCACCGUCAGAUGAAGGAUUUACUGAAUUAGAACUGCCACAGAGCGACUCUAACACUACCUGCCCCAGUCAGGAGGGGGCGUCAUUUCACCAGAACUAUGAACCGAGAGACACGAGUAACCCAUCGCCCUCGGACCAAAAAGAAGACGAAGACGAAGGACUUCAUCAUCGUUCCACAGAGGACAGCGGGGUGUUGCUUCAGUCUGUUUCAGACGGGAUACGUGAACCUGCCGCAGCGGUGCAUGAUGGGAAUGAGGUUAAUAUUGACGUGAGCGAAGGGGCGGUGAAAGAGGCGACCGCAUGGCACGGAGGCUGUGGUGAUGUUGAGACUCAAAAACAACAGAAAGAAUCUACGUCAGCUGGAGAGGUUGCUGACGCUGAGAGACGCAGACGCACCAGUGAGACUGACGUGAAGUCAUGGCUGUUAAAAAGAAUGCAGGGACCAAUCGAAGACAUGCUGCUUUCACAUGAAGAAAAGAGCAAAACUCCGCCCAUGUUCCUCUGCUUUAAAGUGGGAAAGCCAAUGAGGAAAUCCUUCGCCAUCGGUCGAACUUCAAGCCCCGCCCACUCAUUCAUCAGCAGGGGACGACAGCCUGAAUACUGGUUUGCCGUUCCACAGGAACGAGUGGAUCAUCUGUAUUCAUUCUUCAUUCAGUGGUCUCCAGACACGUACGGUAAAGACGCUCAAGAACACGGCUUUGUGCUGGUGGAGAAAGAUGAGCUCAACAUGAUCGAUAACUUCUUCAGUGAUCCUGUCCCUCGCAGCUGGGAGAUCAUCACAAUAAAUGAAGCCAAGAGACGUCAGAGUCUCAGCUUCGAGGACGAGGAUUCUCUGGAUCUCUUUCCUCUGCUGAUGGAUCCCAGUGUUCUUCUGGAGGACACACACAUUGAGAAGCUGGCCACACGUCUGCCGGCUCGGGUUCAGGGCUAUCCGUGGCGUCUGGUCUACAGUACCGUGGUACAUGGGACCAGUCUGAAGACUCUGUACAGAAACCUGCUGGAUGUGGACUGUCCUGUACUGCUGGUCAUCAGAGACAUGAACAAUCAGGUUUUCGGCGCAUUUUCCACGCAUCCGUUUCGAGUGAGCGAGCAUUACUACGGGACGGGAGAGACGUUCCUCUACACCUUCUGUCCCGAGAUCAAGGUGUUCUGCUGGAGCGGAGAGAACUCCUAUUUUGUGAAAGGGAACACAGAUUCUCUUCAGAUCGGAGGAGGCGGGGGUCGUCUGGGUCUGUGGUUGGAUGCUGACCUUGAUCACGGCACCACGUCCAGAUGUUCCACAUUCAGCAACCCGCCGCUGUCCUCCAAACACGACUUCAUCGUUCAGAACCUCGAGGUUUGGGCGUUUGAAUGAGCCGCUGCGCAGUGACACGAACACACACACGGCAUGACGCUUCUACCAAGUGUUUUUACACCCGUGUCCAUCGCCCGGUCUCUGCUUUACACAUGAAUGCCAAGACAGACGUCUGUGGCCACCUUAAUCUGAAACGCCGACUGCAGCUAUCCCAGCAUGCAUUAUUCUUCAGACAUGUUUACCAGUAAAUAAACACGUGUAUGUGACUGAAGCCAGGAAUCAUAUUCUGACGAAACCUCUGUGUUACACCUGGAGAUUUUACACCUGAAGGGCCAAACCUGUGACGCCAGAUACUUUGAUGCCGUAUUUCCGUGUUUGUUUGAACGGGUGCGUAAAAUAAUGUACAUGAUACUUGAGAAAUGACGACUACAUGUCAGGUUCCGCUCUUUGGAGGCCAAAUGUGUCGUGUCAGGGGCCAGAAGAUUUUUUCUUUUGUUGAAAGUGUAAAGGUUAACAGUGCUUCAUGAUUCAAUGAUGUACUACUGCGAUACAAAACACCACAGAAGCAUUUUGUUGACCAAAGUGACUCUUUUCUUUGCUUUGUUCUCGAACGAAAGUUUUUAUAUUCAGUUUUCUAUUUCUCGUCCAUUUGAAAGUGAUUUUUUUUAUAAAUGUGUAUCGGAUGUGAAAAGGUUUUACUGUUUUGUGUUAUUUUAGGGACAUUUUCUAAUGGAGAGUUCAUAUGAAAGGGAAGCACUUGCCAGUAUUUGUUUGCGAUGUUAAGAACACAACUGAUCUGGGUUCAGAUCAGACUUGAAUUCAGAAGAAACGGACUGGGAACGGAUGAGCACAGAGAAGCUUGUUGUUGGUUGUUUCAAAAGGGAAUUGGUUUUGUUGGAUUGAUGCGAUUGGUUAUUGGUGGUCCGCUAAUAUCAUUACAGAACCGCUGUUUGACUCACUUCAAAAUCAGUCGUUCACAAAUAUUUCACACUAAACCUCUUUGAUUUCAAACCCAAACACUGUGUUGUAGCCAAUGAAUGUCAUAUUUAUUGUGUAUUUUCUGUGUUUGAAACCAAAUAAAUGCCGUAAAUGCAA